GUUGACGCCUCUCCUCUGCCUGUCCCUGCAAAGCACUCAGGGAGGGCUGCUGAUGGUAGUAAGUAAGAGGGAGUUGGAGGGGGGAUAGAGGAGGACCCAUCCUCUGCCUGGAAGAAGGAGGAGGAGGUUGAGGCCAGAGCUGUGCUCACAGCAGCAGGAAGAGAGAGGCUUGGAUAGGCUUGGAGGCCAGCCUGAGGCUGCAGUGUGUGGCAGUGCCAGCACCCGGGAGGGUCUGGCAGGCUCUGCAUUGCCAUCUGGGCUUACCAUCUCCCCCUGCACACCACCACCACCACUCCCAGCCAGGCACAGCCUCACCAGGAGCAGCUGGUGGCAGAGGAAAAAGGAUGGAACCAGGUGCCCCCCCUGAACUGCAAGCUGGUGACAAGGACACAGAGAGGGUACCAGGAGGGCACUGUGCUGUCGGCAGCUGGGACAUGGGCACCCAGAUACAGAUUAGGGUGGCCAUAGAGGCAGUUGAUGAUGAUGAUGACCCAGACACCCAGGAUUUCAGAGGAGGGCUGGAAGGAGGAAGCUGCAGCGAGGAUGACUACAGCCGCAAUGACAAAUACAGGUACUUAACACCAUGGUCAUCAUAGGGUUAAUACCCCCUCCUCACCCCCCUUAGAUUACUGCCCCUUUAUAAUGCCCCCCUCCUCCCCUAGAUUACGGCUCCUUUAUAAUGCCAGCCACCUUAUCUAAUCACAUAAAGAGCCAGGGAGCAGGAGCAUGUCACUGGAGUUUACAUCUCAGAAGAAUUGAAUUGAUUUAUAUUUAUAUACCCUUAUCCCCAUGGCUGUGAAAGGGUUAACCAUUAGUACCCUCUAGCUGGGCUUGGCACAAGUUGAUUGGCACGCAAAGGGUGGGUGUCAGCACGUGUGCGAGGUGCUUCCUGUUCUUUAACCCCUUAUAGACGGAGGCAAUGGUACAAGUUCUGAACCAAAACAAAACCUGGUAUGUGUCUGUUCAACCAUAAUUUAGCUCUUUUAUAUUAAAUGUAAGCGCACUUAUUAUAGAUCAUUUUAUUUAGGAGAAACAGGGCUUUCAUUUCACAUCAAAUAUUUAUAUAUAUAAAACAUAAUUUAAUAUGAAUAAAAUCUAAAAAAGAAAAAAUGGUGAGAAAUUAAGAUCUGUAGUUAUUUUUCCAGGUUCUGCAUGGCAUUUUAACUGUGAAUGUCGUAAUACUGUUUUUACUGCACUAAAAUACACGUUUGUAUGCUGUAUAUCCAACUAAGUACAAUGAUGACCCCAUGGGCAGAUUUUAUGGUGUUAGAAAAGUUACAUGAUGAAAUAUAGGGUUCGCAAAUAAAAAUUUCUGGCAUUUCCGCACGCUAUUAUGAAUUAUAGUAUUAUAUGUAUAUUUAUAUAUGAAUAAUGUAAUUAUAUAUAUCUUAAUAUCAAAAUACAGUUAGAAUGAAUAUAUAUAUAUAUAUAUAUAUAUAUGUAUAUAUAUAUAUAUAUAUAUAUAUAUAUAUAUUUCCCCCCCCUAUUCCAAGCAUAUUUUGAUGUCAAUAUAUGUUUUUAUAUAUUUGAUAUUGUAUAUAUUAAUAUCAAAAUAGAUUUAAAAUGAAAUUAAAUAUAUAUUGACAUUAACGUUUAUUUUCAAGUAAAUAUUUAUAUACUUAUGAUUAUACAUAGGCGACCUACCUGACAUCCGAGGCAGUCCCCCUGCAGCCAAUCCAGCAGAUCCGAGUCACAUGAUCGCGCCGUCACCAUGAUCACAUGAUCUCAUGGUUUGGAUUGUCUGGAUUGACUGCAGGUAGACUGCCUAGGUUGUCAGGCAGCGCGAUAAGGCCGGAAUAGCAUGCCCUAACGGUGUUAAAGCCCUCCUUUUGUAAGAUGGCAUAGAACUCCGUAAUGUUGGGAAUGGGUUAAGAAUUUUCACCAAUCUGAAGAAGGAAACAUGUUGCCACAUAUGGUGAUGACAUGUAAUGAUUGUGGUGGAGACAUGCAAUUCAGUUCUCUGGUAUUUCUGCUGGGCUGUUAUAAUCUAUAUAUAUUAUAUAUAUAAAUGGACAGGCAAUGAUUGUGAAAUCUAAUAGAACGUGCAAUGAGAGAUGCAAUGAUUGUGUAAUCUAAUAGAACGUGAUUAGAGUUUUUCUACUUUUUGAGAAACAGUGAAGAUGAUUCCACCAUGUAUCCAAAACAUUUUACAGAGCUUUCACCUGUUACAGACAAAAUUUGACUCCUCUAAUACAGUAACCUAAAUCUGAUCUCCCUAAUCUAGUUAGUGAUGACUGUCUUUAGCACUCCCGCUGCAAACUCCAAUUCCCAUGAUGCACAGCCAGCCAGCAUCGUGGGAUGAAUUGUAUAGAAGAGCUAAAGUGCCAACUCUCAUUCGUCACUUCUCUGAUCAGUGUAUCUGAAUGCCUGUGUAGAAUCAAUCUAAUCAGGCUCACUGGAUACACUUGCUAUCACUGCAGUAUUUUGGCAGUGCGUGAGUAAAGAUAUUUUAGGAUAGGUCUCAUUCAUGCCUGCAAAGAAUAUGGUCUAUAGCCAGGAGGAAGCAGUUAUGUAGUCGAAGGAGGGCUGCGGGGAGAUGAGCAUGUGCAGAAACGGAUCAUAACAUUUGCUGCAGUGUGUAUUGUUCCUUUAUCCCCCUAGUGAUGCACAGUGACAGCAUUAUGGGAGCAGAGAGUAGUCUGUCACCACUGUCUGACCUUCCUGUGACAAUGACGCAGGUACCAUCUGACAGUGCCUUGAGAAUAACAAAAUCAUGGUAGCAGUCUGCUUCUAGAGCUUUUAACCUAUACCCAGUGGAGGUCAAUCCAAACCCUCAUCGCUGGAAAUAACCAAACCAUUGCCCCUGGGAAGAAUAUUUAUAUUAAAUAGGUAUAUGUUAACUUCAAUUUUAUCAAUAGUAUUUUCCGUUAACUACUAUUCACAGUUUAAUUAGUAAGCCCCUAAUUAGUAAUAAGCCCCUACCACUACUUUUAUUGCAGUUUGUUCUUCUGAUAUCAGUUUUGUGUUGCAUUAUAUAUAUAUAUAUAUAUAUAUAUAUAUAUAUAUAUAAAAUUUCCAUAUAUGUAUGGUUUUAUUUCUUCUGCUAUCCCUUGAAGAUCUACAUUUAUUUAUUUCUAUAUAACAUUUUUUACCAGGAAGGAUACAUUGAGAUGUCUCUCGUUUUCAAGUAUGUCCUGGUUCCACAAAACAUUGAAUUGAUACAUUAUGGUACAAUAAAAUACAAAAACAAUAUUAAUACACAAUAUAUACAAAAUGUAAUAAUUUAAUAUUUAAUAAAAUAUUUUACCAGGAAGAAUACAUUGAGAUGUCUCUCGUUUUCAACUAUGUCCUGGGUCCACAAAACAUUGCAUUGAUACAUUAGGGUACAAUAAAAUACAAAAACAAUAUUAAUACACAAUACAUACAAAAUUUAACAUAGAACAGGUAGGAAAUAUAAAAAGUCAUCAUAACGUUGCAAAAGUAAAUAACAUAAAGUGGGACAAUCAUUAUAGAAACCAAUGGGUACACCUUACCAUUUUUGCACCAUUUAUUUUAGAACAUAGCAUAUUGAUAUAAUGUCAGACUGUCUUUACUCCAACACAAUAAAAACUAUAGCUGGCUGUAGUGACUAUGGUGCUAGUAGUGCCCUGGUUCCCUCCCAUGCCUUGCAGGAGCUUACAGUUCCAGAGGAGGAGCAUGUGGGUACCCAGCAUACCUUAGGUAAGUUGGCAGACCGUUCUCAGAUGGUUUGGAUAUUUACCCUGGGAGAGUGCCAGGGGACUCCAGGCAGCGGUGCUUUGAGUGUUAUUUUAAAGGUUUUUUCCAACCCAUUUUUUGAAAAUAACUUUUUUUUAUUUUGUAACGCCUUAUUAGGCACUAGUACCGUAUCCACCCCCUUUUGUAUGCAAACAAAAUUGUAAAAGAAGAUAAAACUUAUUGAUAAUCCAGAGCUAGGUGCGGUUCUUCCACACUCUAUCCUACAUCAGGCCAUGUCAUUCAUUUCAUUCCUGUGGGCUAAUCAAACACUUCUCAUAACCCUUUCAUACCCUUGCCUCAGAGCUCCGAAGGGUGAGCACUGAGCGGGCAUUAUUACAAAAAACAAUAAAUAAUAAUAAAUGUUAAUGUAGGGUGGUGGGGAGGGAGCGCACUACAGGAGGGAGAGAGGGGAGAUUUAGGUUCCCCUUUACAUGUGCACUACCAGCGCUGCCUACAAGGGUAGAAUCUGACUAUGUCGCCAGCGUGCUGAUGACAGAUGUAUAUUUUGCACAGAAUUAAUAUUAGGUACCCAGGGACAGAGCUCUAGACUGCCUUAGGUUUAACUAGUGUACAGCACAACAAUACAGAUUUCUCUGUACGUGUUGCGUUUCAAGCACAUACAGAUUCCUUCCUGCUUUUAGAAAUCGUGAUGGAGGCUGGAGUAACAAUUUAAGUUAGUUUUCCUUCCUAGUAUAAACAGGUUUCUUAAAACAUGUCUCUUUCCAUUUGUCCAGCAAUCAUCUGCAUGGAACGGUUUUAAAAGUAUUGGGAUCCAUGAGCUGUACUUCCUCUUCAGGCACAAUUACAGGUUACCUGUACUUUCUACUGUAUUUCAUUAUAUCAAAACCAUUGUGCUAGCUAAUGUGAAAAUAGCACCUCCCUCUCCUGUCAGUCAAACUAUUGGCAUAGAGUCUAUGCCAAUGUCUGUUAGCAAGAGUACAUGCCUAUGGUUGUUCUAUUGCUUGUAGUGCUAUGGCAGGUUAGGGACAUUUCUAAACCUUUCCAAAGAGGGGCAGUACUGCAUAGGAGGUAGCAGUGCCAGAGAGGAGGUUGUCGCCCAUGAAGGAUAUUGCCACCCAUAAAAUUCAUUAGCCAAAGUUUAAAAAUGUUUGACAGGUUCACUUUAACUGACUGUGUGAUUGUUUUAUUUCAUAAAGUCUAAUUGUUUGCACACACACGUUGCUGUUCAAAAUGUAUUUGUGAUUAUUCUUUAUGAAGUUUUCUUAUAGUUGUCUGACCAAAUAUGUCAGGUUUACAGGUCUGCAACUUCUCAGAAGAGAGUUUCAUCCUUUGUUAGACUUGGGCAGCAUUUCUGCUAUAUGAUCACUUCCAAAAAAAAAAAAAAAAAAAAAAGAAAGAAUCUGUAGGAAAGAUAAUAAUAAAUAUUGUUCUAGUAUUUACUGGACUAAGAUCAUGAAGUACCCACUAGUGGGCGGUAGGGACCAGGUUGACGACCCAUGAUCUAUACUCUCAUCUCCAGUGUUAAAGGAGCACUAUAGUGCCAGGAAAACAAACUCAUUUUCCUGGCACUAUAGUGCCCUGAGGGUGCCCCCACCCUCAGGGUCCCACUUCCGUGGCGCUGAAGGGGGAGGAAGGCGUUAAUCCCUUACCUUUUUUCCAGCGCCGGGCUCCUUCUGCGUUGGGACUCUCCUCCCUCUUCUGACGUCCCUGGCUGAAUGCGCAUGCCCGGCAAGAGCCGCGCGCGCAUUCAGCCAGUCCAUAGGAAAGCAUUGAGAAUCACAGUGAGAAGAGCGGAAGCGCCUCUAGCGGCUGUCAAUGAGAUUAACCCUAAAGUAAACAUAGCAGUUUCUAUGAAACUGCUAUGUUUACAGCAAAAAGGGUUAAACCUAGCUGGACCUGGCACCCAGACCACUUCAUUAAACUGAAGUGGUCUGGGUGCCUAUAGUGGUCCUUUAACACCAACCUUUUAUAUAGUAUUAACAUAUAAACCUUCCUCUAUUCCCUAUAUAUCAGUGAUGGCGAACCUUUUUGAGCCCGAGUGCCCAAACCGCAAUACAUGCCAACUUUGUUUUCCUUAAAGUGCCAACACAGCAAUUAAACCUGAAUACUGAGGUUUAAGUUUAGAAAAAACAACUCGUACUGUUGUCUGAACUAAUUAACAACUUAUGUUUUAAAAGAACACAACAACAGAGAGUUCAAUGAUACAAAUUUUAAAUAAUGAUAUAAACAGUCUGCUGAAUACACAUACAGAGAGACAGCUGAGAACACACACACAGACUGCUGAGUACACACACACAGUCUGCUGAAUACACACACACACAGACUGCUGAAUACACACACAUACUGCAUUGAGAGGUGUAGUGUAUGUGUUUGUGGGGGGUGCUGUGUGUGUGCGAGGGGUGCUGUGUGUGUGAGAGGGUUGCUGUGUGUGUGGGGGUGUUGUGUGUGUGUGUGUGGUGGUGGUGUGUGUGUGUGUGGGACGUGUUGUGUGUGUGUGUGUGAGGGGUGGUGUGUGUGAGGGGUGCUGUGUGUGUGAGGGGUGUUGUGUGUGUGAGGGGUACUGUGUGUGGGGGGUAGGGGUGCUGUGUGUGGGGAGUAGGAGUACGGUGUGGGGGGGUAGGGGUGCUGUGUAUGGGAGGUAGGGGUGCUGUGUGUGGGGCGUAGGGGUACUGUGUGUGGGGGGGUAGGGGUGCUGUGUGUGGGGGGUAGGGGUGCUGUGUGUGUGGGGAUGGUGUGUGUAGGGGGUAAACGUGUUUAAACAUUUAUUUAUUUUUAAAGUGUACUAAAUCAGUAUCCCCCCUUCUUACCUUUAAUGAAAGAAGGGGGGGGUACACACAGCCAUCCCUGGUGGUCCGGUGGUGGCAAGCACUGCUUCUAGGUCGGGAGGCAGGGGGAGGGAUCUGUGAAGCAGCUCCCCUGUCCUCCUGCGCGAUGCUGUGUGGAGUGUUGCCAUGAUAAUAGGUUCGCCAUCACUGCUAUAUAUGGUGUACCUCAAAAAGUACAUCACACAGAACUUCUUAAACUAUUAUCAAUUAUAUUGCGUCAACAUAUUCCGCAAUGCUUUACAAUAAAAUAAGGAUAUCAGACAAGUAAUUUACAUACAGAAUACAACAAAGAGAUGAAGAAGGGCCUGCUCAAACAAGCUUACAAUCUUUGAGGAAGGAGUCAAGACACACAUGAGAAAUUACAGUAUGUCAGAGGGGGUAUGGAUUGAUGGAUACGAUGUCUGUGUCGAAAUAAGCUAGUAGAAGUGAUGUGUGGCAUUUGCGGUGUUGCGUGUCAGCGGCGCAAAGGAUAGGGUUUGGGUGCAAGCAGACCCUUGCUUAUUAUAAACCUAUUUUAAAAAGGUUUGAUAAAACUCUGAAUGACUAAGCCUAUAGUCUCAUUAAACCAUAACCACUACACUAAGCUGCAAUAAGUUUCACUACUUGGAGUGUCUCUCUUACUGGGAUUUUAGGAUAUUUUUUAGAGAUUGAGAUGGAAGUGGUUCAGUGUUUGCCAGGAGGGAGUAAGCAAUUAGUUUGUUUCAUUUCCAAAGGAAUGUGGAUUUAUUUUGUUGAAAAGGGAGAAAAGACGAUUGGUUGCAGUUUUUAUUGAGGACGAUAUGUUCACAGAUCCAGUGGGAUUGGGAGUGUAGAAAAAUAAACAAGCACGAGCUCAUGUGUACAGCAGCUGUGUAGUGAGUCCAUGUUUCUGUAAUAGCCAUGAAAGCAAGUUGAUGGUGAAGUGAAUGUCGAAUGGCUUAGGGCAGUGGAUCUUUUUAAUUUUUUUUGGCAAGGACUGAUUAACAGUAGUAGGCAAUAAAAAAACCCUCUAAACCCCUUGUCUGGGCAUCGCGCCCAAAUCAAAGGUGGCGCAGACCACGUGGUCGCGUCCAUCUUAAGCUCCUCCCCUCUAAUGAAUACAGACGUGCGUGUGACGUCACGACGUCAGCGCGCACGCACGUUCUGGGGUCAGAGGUCACCCUCUGACCAAUCAGAAGCCAGAGAAGGAUAUUUAAAUCCCUAAUUCACUUUACUUCCUUGCCCUGUCUUGGUUUCCUGUUCCUGGUUCCCGAGAGUGCGUUUAUCUUUGUGAAUUUGACUUCCUGGUAUCCUGAUCUUGGCUUUUCCCUGGUUAUUCUGAAUUCUGGUUCCCCUGACUUGGCUUGUUUAUACGGUAUUUGAGUAUUUCUGGCUUCCUUGACCUCGGCUUUCCCUUUGACCAUUCUCUAUCUCUAGCGUAUUAGUCCUGCCAUUCUAAGGUCCGGUUUACGCUCUGUCCUUUUAUUUUCCUUUUCUUUUGUAUGUAUAUAUUUACAUAGUUUCUGCAUGUUGGACCACACUAGCUGCCAUGACAACAGCCCUGUAUGCGCACUUAACUGUGCAGCUACGCCAACCAAUGUCAGCAGCCAUGUCAGAGAAGGAGGAAGCAGUCAUUAAGAAAAUUGACUAUAAAAAACAUUACAGACUAGUUUGACGGUGAAUUUAUACAGGGCUGAUCAAUAAAGUGAGAAUUCAAAUAGAAUGUCACAUUUGAGGCCAGAGUAGCAUAAUGGAAAUCAUAAGUGACUUAGAGAAUUUUUCAAAUUCAGCUAUUUUUACCUUAAAUUUCAAACUCACAUUGACACAGUCUACAACAUUUGCGGUUAGCUGGUUCACUUUAAAUAUCAUGUUUACAUAAAGUGGAAUAUUUUCACUGUACCUUUAAAUAUACAAAUUCUGCUGUGCGGUUCGGCUGAUUGCAAUUCCAUGCUAUUUUCCGGCUGUAAUAAUAGCUAGUCUUUUCAUCUUCAGUUUGUGGUUAAAUCUGUAAACAGAAUGUGCUUGACUGUACAAUUUUGCAAAUCAGUCUUUAUAAUUUUUGUUUUAUUAAAUACAAACUAUACUUUAUAAUUUCAGUGCUCUCCCAGACAACACUUACCUGGGGAAUUUUGUUUUUCAUAAGGUUUAUGUGUUUUUAAUAAAAUAAAAGAAUGUUCAUUUCAGUGUAGUUUGCCUAGUUAUUAGUAUGCCUGGAGCUGUAAUGCUGGUGUCAUUUAUAGUUGAUAUCGGUAGUGAACAGCUGGUAUUUUUUUAUUCAUUCAUUAAGUGCCGACACCGAGAGCCAUAACAAACUCAACAGCCUGUGCACCUGUGCCCCACUAACAAGAUCUAAUGAAAUGUUCAAAGGUAAUGGCAUUCACAUAGUGUGACACUUACAGGGGUUCCAUAACAACUACAGUUUAUUGUAGUGAUUAGUGAAGCCAAUUUGAACUGUCAAUUUGAUUUAAAUCUGGAAGAAUUUUGUUCAUUCAAAACCAAGCUACCAAGUUGCAAUGUCGUUUCGGCUUUCCCAGGGUGACACGGAUAUACCUUUUCGACACAAACAAAUUGAUGCCAAGCCUGCAUCAAUUCAGCGUUGAGAAGGAAGAUUUUAUUGUUAUGAGAUCAAUUUAAAGCGUUGGCCUCUGGAUGCAGGGAAUUCUUCCUGUUUUCAUCAGAUGUAUUUAAAUGAUUUGAAAUAGAAUAACGUGCAGAACCCAUAGCGUCCUGGUACCAUAACCACUGCAGUGUGCCACACUAGUUAUGGUGCUUGGAUUUCCUUUUAAUCUGAUGCAAGGAAUACUGAUUUGUUACAUGUGUCAGCUCAUAUAACCAGAUGUGUGAAAAUCAAUUAAAAUAAUUAAAUAGAAAACAGUUUCUUUCUCAAACAGGCAACAAUGAGCUUCACAAUAAAGAUGAACAGGGUUAGUCACUAAAAUAUUGGGAAUUCAAAAUGAAUUUCAAACUUCAGUAUGAAAGAUCCAGACUAAAAACAUGCUAAGUGCCCCCUCCCCCCCUAUUUUGGCUAUUUGGUCUAGUAGUUAAAAUCCCCUUUGGGGUGGUAGCCAAACUAAAAAUAUAGCUGAUGGAUAUAUAUUUUUUUAAUUCAGCUGUUUUGGCCUUGAGUCUAAAAUGAAUGAUAAAUAUACAUUGAAUUCCUGAAAAUGGUUUUAUUCACUAAAGCAAACUGAAAUCCACAUAGCAUAACAUAGGCAAAUAUGUUCAGAUCUAAAUUCAAAUUUGCAACUAUCCUGAAUACAUCCUAUGAACCCAAGAUUUUUUGUACCGAUGUUUAGCAGUAAUUAGGAACAUUAAUAAAUAACGAGGGGUGCAAGAGUAAUCAACAGCACACAGAGAUAUAUACUUAUUAGUAUGAAUGUAGAGCCUCUUGAUCUUUCUAAAAAAGCAAUAUAAAAACAUUCAUAGCAUAAUAGUGUAUAGCAGCAAGUAUAGAUCAGUUAAAGAGGUAAUGGGUCACUCACACUUUCCAGAGCCACAAGCAGGCUCUGGCUAUGUUGGCAGUUGAAUAAAGAGCUUAUUCAAGCUGUAAAUUUCACUCCUUGGGAUUUUCCUUCCUGGUACUGCAUAAAUACGAAGUUAUCUAUUUAUUCAGUGUCACCCAUUGUAAAGCGCUACGGAAUCUGAUGGUGCUAUAUUAAUAAUAAAAAUAAUAAUUUUAGUGAUUUUAGACAAUGGGAAUUGUUGCACUUAGAUUUGCACUUUUAAGCGCCAAUCCACCUUUAUUUUAUCCUUUCUUGGAUUUAAUAUUGUAUAUCAGUAAUUAGGAGCAGGUAUAGGAGAAUAAGGUGAGCUAGAAUAGCAUGAUAAGUACAUUUCAGGGUACAGGAAACUUUAUCCGAAGGAUUCUCGUCACAUCUCAUAACAUUCUGUCUUUCAAACUGUUAAAGCUGUGUGCUGUGUGCCAAUAGGAAAAGGAUAUUGCAUAGAUUUGGUUUUGAGCAAGGCGCCGAAAUUGUCAGUCUGUAUGAAGUAAAUACACAGAAUAUGAGAAAUUGUGCACAACCAAAAAAAACAACACAUUGGGAGUUAUGGGUAAAAGGGUUUCCGUGAGAUAGCUUGUUCAAUAAAUGAACAGUUGAGCUGUAUACAAAGAGUUCUACAAGAAAUACAUACAAUGCAAAGUCGAAAAUGGAUCAAAUAAAUGCAUUUACUCAUUUGUUGCAGAUUAUGUUUUAAAAUAGAAUUUUUUUAACUACAUUAUUGAACUGCAGUUUGCCAUGAUCCUGUGUGUGUUUAAUGAAUUUUCAUAUAUCGCAGAUAAUACCAAUGUGAAAAUAAAAAAGGUCCAAAUGUGUGAAUAAAAAAUUUACAUUUGAUCCUCAUUUUGCUGUCAUGUAUUAUAAGCCCAUUUAGACACAAAGUUGUAGAAAUUAAAAAACAAAAAACAAAACACCUACCGUACUUGUCCCACGCCUCUCAACUUUCCAAUGAGCAAAGAGGGACACUGUAAUUGCAGGGGGGUGAGUGAAGGAAUGAGCUGAGGUAUUUUAGGUUACGUACUAAUAAUUUCUGCAUAUAUAAUGUAAGUUAUACCAAGAACAAUGUAUCUUAUUUACACAUUUAGAGUGAUUUCUAAACACAUCUAUUUUAGUUUACAGACUCAUUACUGUGUGUAUUAUUGUUGUGGAGCUCUGUUAUACACUCAGACAUACCAACAAUAUGGAACUCCUAGAAAAGAGGGAUAUUAGGAUAAAAAAAAAGAGGGACAGAGGGAUUUGGGUCCAAAAUAGGGACUGUCCCUGUUAAAUAGGGACACUUGAGAGGUAUGUUGUCCAAGUGACUAAAGUGGUAGCUCGAUCUACUUGUCUAGCAUGGCAAUCCAGUUGUCCUGGCACAAGAUCAUUUGAAAUUAGUAAAUUGGGGACCUGGAUUAGACCUGGAUAUUGGUAGGAUUAUUCACUAAACUCGGAAACCGGGAACUACAUGUGGGCAAAACAAAUUCUACAUAUCAUAGAUAUCCUUGUACAUGCCAUAGUGACGGAUCUGUAAAAUAUGACCAAAUAGGUCAUGAGUAAUCUUAGAGAUUGCACUGUAAAAGUGGCAGUCCAAGCACAAAACCACAACAUUUUUGUUUACAUAGUUUACAUUUUACAGAAACCACUCUUCUAGUAGCUGUCAAAUUGACAAAUUCUUCAAUUUUCAAAGCUCUUCAUAUUUCGUGUCGUCACACACAGCAUAUAAAGAAGCUACCACAGUAUUCAAUGUUUUUAGAAACAUAGAAUGUGACAGCAGAAUAAAACCAUUCGGCCCAUCUAGUCUGCCCAUUUUAAAAAAAAUACUUUCAUUAUUCCCUUAUAAAAAAAUACUUUCAUUAUUCCAUUAUUCAUCUUAUAUUUAGGAUAACCUUAUGCCUAUCCCCCACAUGCUUAAACUCAUUUACUGUGUUAAGCUCUACCACUUCAGCUGGAAGGCUAUUCCAUGCAUCUACUACCCUCUCAGUAAAGUAAUACUUACUGAUAUUAUUUUUAAACCUUUGCCCCUCUAAUUUAUGACUAGGUCCUCUUGUUGUGGUAGUUUUUCUUCUUUUAAAUAUAGUCUCCUCAUUUACUGUGUUGAUUCCCUUUAUGUAUUUAAAUGUUUCUAUCAUAUCCCCCCGUCUCGUCUUUCCUUCAAGCUAUACAUGUUAAGAUCCUUUAACCUUUCCUGGUAAGUUUUAUCCUGCAAUCCAUGAACCAGUUUAGUAGCCCUUCUCUGAACUCUCUCUAAAGUAUCAAUAUUCUUCUGAAGAUACGGUCUCCAGUACUGUGUACAAUACUCCAAGUGAGGUCUCGCCAGUGUUCUGUACAAUAGCAUGAGCACUUCCCUCUUUCUACUGCUAAUACCUCUCCCUAUACAACCAAGCAUUCUGCUAGCAUUUCCUGCUGCUCUAUUACAUUGUCUGCCUACCUUUAGGUCAUCAGAAAUAAUUACCCCUAAAUCCCUUUCCUCAUAUGUUGAGGUUAGGACUCAAAUAUUCUGUACUCUGCCCUUGGGUUUUUACGUCCAAGAUGCAUUAUCUUGCACUUAUCCACAUUACAUGUCAGUUGCCACACAUGCACUAAGUAUCCACACUACAUCUCUAGGAUAGGUAUUGGAUUGGACACAUAUCAUCUUCCUUGAUGACCUUAAAGGAGGUGGAGGGAACACUCCACAUGUUAAAAGAACACUCUAGCCUUAAAUAUAUAUAUUUUUUUAGCUGCUGAAAAUAUGCUAGAGAUUAUUUGUGUUCAUAGAUUUAAAAUAACACCUAUGACAUAAUUAAGACUGAUAGGUCAGCCAGAGUUUCCUACAGAGACAUGAAUCGUGUCAUGUCAAAUUUAUUACCAUGACAUCAUCCUUUAUAAUUAGUGACCACGCAGGGUCAACAAUCAGUCAUUGCAAAGGUGUGCUGAGAACUACAUAAGACAAAAUGUGAAUAGUAAGGAGGAGGAGACCAAGUUAAACAAUUACUAGAGAAAUGAAUUUGGGAACCAGUUGUUCAUCAUUAAUUGUGCUUGUAAUCUGUCACCGGGAAUCCUGCCAUAUCUGAUAAUUAUUACAGUUAGAAUAACAACACUGGUGAGAAUUGACAUUCUGCCAACAUAUGACAGUACGUUUUGUUGUACUUUCCACAGGUGUUCUGAGACACAUGCUGGGCUGCGAGAUCUGUGGGUUAUGACUUUACGAUCGCGUCCUCACAUCUUUUAACAGACUGGCCAGUAUGAUUUGGUGCUGUAAUACUGCAUGAAAUAGCAGUAUAUAGAAUGUAGCAAAUAGACGUGCGCUGCUGAAUCUACGUCUAAACAUACAUCACAGUAACAUAUUAAAUAGCAGUAUUGUAUCACUAUACAGAGCUAUGGUAUGAUAUGCCUGUGUUAAAGGACCAAUUUAGGCACCCAGACCACUUCAGCUUAAUGAAGUGGUCUGGGUGCCAGGUCCCUCUAGGAUUAACCCUUUUUUUUUUUAUAAACAUAAAUAGGUUAAUCCAGUCUCUAAAGCCUCUAGUGGCUGUCUCAUUGACAGCCGCUAGAGGCGUUUGCGUGCUUCUCACUGUGAAAAUCACAGUGAGAAGACGCCAGCGUCCAUAGGAAAGCAUUAUGAAUGCUUUCCAAUGAGACUGGCUGAAUGCGUGCGCAGCUCCUGCCGCGCAUGCGCAUUCAGCCGAAGAGGCGGAGAGGAGGAAGAGAGCUCUGGAAAAAAGGUAAGAUUUAACCCUUUCCUCGCCAUCCAGCCCGGCGGGAGGGGGUCCCUGAGGGGGGGGCACCCUCAGGGCACUAUAGUGCCAGGAAAACGAAUAUGUUUUCCUGGCACUAUAGUGGUCCUUUAAUGCUGAUAAUGUCCAUCAAGCUGCCCUGCCUAGUGUGUAAUUCAUAUAAAUGAGGCAAUUACAAAGUGUUACGGGAACAGUAGUUUGACAAGGACCCUACUCAGACGAGCUUACAGUCUAGAGGAGGUGGGGUAUAAAAAACACAAUAGAGUAUCAAGGGGACAGCAAACAAACAAGCUGGGUAAGUAGUGGAACUGGAGGUGAGACUGGAGUGUGGCCUUUUAGGGGAGAGCAAGAGACAGGUUUGUAAAAUAGAAGUUACUCUGGGAGGCCAUAAGCAUUUCUGAACAGAUGGGUUUUGAGGAACUUCUUAAGUAAUUGGAGACUGGGGUAGAGUCUGAUGGCGGUUUACGCCAUAAGCAUUGCUGGAAACACUGCAAGUAAAGCCUGCAAGUAUCCCAUAACUGCUAGGGUGCCCCAACAUACUAAGAAUUGUGUCAUGUCCAUUUCCUGAUGCUGUAUUGAUAAUAGAGUCAUCUUUUUUGGUUAUACAUCAGCUGAUGAUUAUGCCGGCACAGUGCCUUGUUUUAAUAUAUACCUACCUUGUGGAUCUUAGAUUCACUUCAGGCUACAAACAAAUAAAUCAUAUUUAUAUUCAGUUAAAAGUACAUGAAAACUGUACUUCUUAUUAGAAUAGAAUACAACACAUUUAAAGCUUUAAUUUGCUUGUCAUUGAUUGGCUCAGUGUUUAAAGGGUUACCCCAAAAAUUAGAGUUAACCAAAAAACCACUACAGCAACCGUUUGCCCUCCUAACUCGGUUCUUCGAAGCGCCGAGCCUCCUCAGAAUAGGGUGAUGCGCAUCCAGCUUCUGCAAUGUUUCAGAAGACAGAUGUCUUUUCACCAGUCGUCCAAUCGGUGACCAAUUGUGCACAGAAAAAUGCACAGAAUUGACAUUAGCCAGCUCGAAACUCCUAUUCCUGACACCUUCGGCAGCAAAGGGCUAUAUUUAUGAAUGCGCACUUACAGACUUAGAGCACCAUAACCACUUCAGAUUACUAAAAUGACUAAUCCUCUCUGUUUGUCCACCCUUGCUCCCAACCUCUGUCCACCCUUGCUGCUCCCUCUCUCCCUUUCCAUUAGCCAUGUGCCCAGCCCCAUCCCCCAAACUAGCUAGCUAUGUUUUUAGUCCGCAUACCCCCUGUCCCUUUCCAUUAGCCAUAUUUCUAGUCCCUUCGGCCCGUAGUCACAUUUCCCUCUGCUUUUACCAUAAGCAGGGGGCAGUGCUUAGAGCUCUGGUGAGCACAACUAACUUUGCUGGACAGUAUCUGUAUGGACUGGAACUCAGGCUGUUCUUCUGGCUCCCGUAAGCUCUGAAAGGACGGGAGGUAUGUAGGAGGGUUUUAAUUGGCAGUGUAGGUGCCCCCAUCAGACAUGUGCUUGUAGACAGGUGCCUACUAUGUCUAAUAGGAAAUCCGGUCCUUUGUGGGCGGGUCCAUGAUGGGCAUUGCCAAUGAUGCAACCCACAUCACAAGUGUUGCCCAUAAUGAGCAGCCCCAUCCACUGGCAGGCUCUCUGGCUGAGCCGGUCCACUGGCAGGCUCUCUGGUCUGGCCCCUUCCACUAGCAGGCUUUCUGGCCUGGCCCUGUCCACUAGCAGGCUCUCUUGCCGGGCCCUCCCAAUGACAAGCUCUCUGGCUGUGCCCGUCCACUAGCAGGCUCUCUGGCCGGGCCCUCCCAAUGACGGGUUCUCUGGCUGUGCCCAUUCACUAGCAGGCUCUCUGGUCUUGCCCUGUCCACUAGCAGGCUCUCUGGUCUGGCCCCAUCCACUAGCAGGCUCUCUGCUCUGGCCCCGUCCACUAGCAGGCUCUCUGCUCUGGCCCUGUCCACUAGUAGGCUCUCUGGUCUGGCCCUGUCCACUAGUAGGCUCUCUGGUCUGGCCCUUUCCACUAGCAGGCUCUCUGCUCUUGCUCCGUCCACUAGUAGGCUCUCUGGUCUGGCCCCGUCCACUAGCAGGCUCUCUGGCCGGGCUCUCCCAAUGACAAGCUCUCUGGCUGUGCCUAUUCACCGGCAGGCUCUCUGGCUGUGCCCGUCCACUAGCAGGCUCUGUGGCCUGGCCCCGUCCACUAGCAGGCACUCUGGCCAGUCCCAGGAUGCAGGGAGCACGAGCAUGUCUAAUGAUGUGCUUGUGCUGUGCGGUCCCUAGAUGCGGGACACCAGGGAACUGAAAGAGUACAGGAUCCAGAAAGCGGAAUUGUUGGGAGACCUGGAAUAGUAUUAAGCUGUGAGUUACAACAUCAUUAUAUAAUACAUAACCCAGGACAUUUGUGUCACCUCGUGUCCUUUCUAGUAAAAUACGGGUUUCUGUUUUGUGUACCUAGACACCCAUACAGUGGCAUCAUUGGAACCAAUGUGGCAGCAUUAGAUGAGUCACUGUGUUCCUGCAGUGUGGUCUGUGUCAGGUCAGUGAAAGUCAUAUGGCAGUCAUACAUCCAUCAUAAAACCUUGAAAAUAGCUACCUAAAUAAAUUCCACAUGUACUUAAAAAAAAGCUAUACAUGCAAAUGUUACAAACAGCAAUAUUUUGUAUAUUUGUCAAAUUAUUAAAUGUACAUAGUGCAGCAUGACGAUUUACAAGUCCAUUAUUAAUAUUAGCAGAAUAGAUUAUUAGAUUAUUAUACUCCUAUACUGCAGAGCUGUACAACAUGGGAUGAGACAUAUGACAUAUCAAAAUGGCAUGCAUGUGAACAAAACUUUGAUUGCUACCUACAGAGGCUGUAAAAGGUAUAUGACUUGAGCAGAGGACCAGGAGACAUACCGGUAGUUGUUUUAAAGGCUUUGUUAAGGGUUGAAGAGUAGGAUAAAGCCUAAUUGAUUGGUGAAGAGGAUUCAGUAAGGAUGAUGCAGCUAUAGAGAGGUCUAAGAAGUGGAUGAUGGCGAUUGGUGUUUAAACAGUACAAAUGCGCAAGUCUUCAGCAAAACGUGGAGAGGGGUGAAUGGGACAUGCUUGUUUGUUAGUGAUGUUAUGUAUGUUGUGGGCCCUCUUAUAGGGUAAGUACUAGAAUUUUUAAUUGAACUUGAAUAGUUAUAGGGAGCAAGAGAUGUGAAGUAUGGGUAGAGGAAUCCAUCAGUAAAGAUGAGCAUUAAAGGGUUCAAGCAAUAUGACCAUGUCAGUGUUUUGAAGUUGUUAUGGAGCUUGGAGUCUGUAUGGGCAGUAUUUCCGUUUAGAACCCUGCACAUACAUAGUUAAAGCAUUUUGCAGCUGGAGGUGUACCUGUAACUUCAUCUUUGUCUGCGUCAUUAGCCAUCCCAGAAUAAUAAAAAUAAGACACAGUUUUUAGUUGGAGUAUCCCUUUAACAAGCAUUUUUAGCUGCAUUGUGCGUUAGGAAAGGGUGGAUAUGGGUAAAGUUGAAAUUGGCAGGAUUUAAAGAUUGACUAGACGUGGGGAGUGAAAAAAAACAGAUCAGAGUGAAAGAGAACUUACUGGCAGCGAGCCUGUAGGCUCUACCUUAUGGUAGCACAACUGACCCGAAAGGAUCCUAAAAAACAGAUGAUAAAUGCCUAAAGGAAUAAACGAGAUGCUGCUUUUUGCAGAGAUGUAAUGCCUUAAAGGCAGGAGCUGUAUGGUUGACGUAAUUGGAUGACAUGAUGCGUCAGAGAGAGAACGUGGUUGUUUAUUGAUGAAUGUUUUAUUUGGAGGGGAAGGGGAGCUCAGCUUUAUCAAUCCAUUAAUCAAUGAGAUGUGUUAGUUGAAUGACUAAAGAAGAUAUUUUCAAAAAGGGGUGUCAGUUCCUUACACAUGUGCACCUCAUCCAGAAUGCUUGCUGUCCAUGCCAUAAACAAGACUCUAAAGCUUAUAUUGCACAGGACAACCUAACCCAAAAUUAAAUAAUAAUGGCUCUACUCUACAUUAGAGUAUACAUGUAAUCUUCAUGCAAAUAAACAGGCUUUUAUAUUUAAAAAAAAUAAAUAAAAAAAACUAUACAAACUAAACAAAACCCACAAUAAAUCACGUUGGGUUAAUCCAGCCUCUAGUGGCUGUCUCAUUGACAGCCGCUAGAGGUGCUUCUCACUAUGAUUUUCAUUGAGAAUGCUUUCCUAUGGACUGGCCGCACAUGCGCAUUCAGCUGAUGACAUCAGAAGAGGGAGGAUAGUCCCCAGCGCCGAGGGAGCCCGGCGCUGGAGAAAGGUGAGUGUUUAACCCCUUCCUUCCGGUGGGAGUGGGACCCUGAGGGCACCAUUUGAUGGCACAAUAUAUACUGGUAGAUAAUGUUAGAUGAUGCUAUGGCAGGAGCUGUUUUUUAUGUCUACAGCUGAAACACUCAUAAUUGCUGAUUCACUUUAAAAGGACUUAUCAAUACUAUGGUGACACGGCUUGCCGGUAAAGCACAAUUUGUACGCUGCUCCUUCUGGCGAAGUAACAAUACCAUUACCACUAAGAGUCAGGAGCAUCUUAAAGGCAUGUACUCCCACCUAACCCAAAAUCACCUUCUAAGCACCCUGACCCAACUCUAAGUGCGUAUUCACCACCUUAUCCCGAGUAUCAGUUAAACCAUUAUUAACUGUGCUCUAAUGACACAGCACUUAAAUGCUCUAUAUUUAAAACGUGAUUUAUUGUGGGUUUUGUUUAGUUUGUAUAGUUUUUUUUUUUUUAUAUAUAUAUCGGAUUAUAGGAUGAUAAAUCUUGCAUAUAAACAUCUGGUGGAAACCAUCUAUGUGCAAUCCAUUACAGAAACACUAUAGAGUCACAAACACAAAUAUAUAUUUCUGACCCUAUAGUGUUAAAAACACCAUCUAGCCCAUCUGACCUCCCCUAAAUAUAGUAAAAUCUUACCUUUAUUCCAGUCUGCUGGAGCCUGCUCUGCCCCGCAGAAGUUAUGAUCUCAGUCAAUCAUAAUGAUUUUACAUAGGAUUGGCUGAGAAUUAAUCAAUGCAUUUCUAUGAGGAAAGUUCAGUGUCUUCAUGCAGAGGGUGGAGACACUGAAUGGCGUACAGAAGUGCCCCAUGAAGCACCUCUAGUAGCCAUCUAAGGAGUGGCCAUUGAAGAUAUACCUUGGCUCUGGUAGACAGCCACUAGAGGAGGAGUUAACCCUAAGAGGUAAUUAUUGCAGUUUAUAAAAAAUGAAAUAAUUACUUGCUCAGGGUUAAGGGUGAUGGGAGUUGGCAUCCAGACCACUUCAAUGAGCUGAAGUGGUCUGCGUGCCUACAGUGUCCCUUUAAGCAUGCUGUUACCGUUUACCUUUCCAAUGCAUUGUUCUGCUGUUUUGUUCUUGUUGCUACUGUCCACUGUCUGUAUCCGAUGUUUCAGAAAAUCUAUUAAGAAUAAAAAAGUAUUUGUGUUUCAAUAUUUAAUAUACUUUGUUAAAUAAACAUGUAAAUCAACAUUUAUAAUCUUCUUGAUUUUCUGUUUUCAGACAGGAAGAGAGGUAUUUAACGUGUCUUUUUUUUAAGCAUUAUAAAUUGGCUUAUUAUGUGGUUUAUAGUGAGUCUACAGACGGAGGUUUAAUUUGCAUGUUGCAGCAGAUGGAGGAAUCUAAAGCAGGCAGAAUGCAAGUACAGACAGAGACUAGAUUUACAUACAGACCGCUUGCUUUGUCAUUGAUGGUGGAAGAAUGCUGCACUGUAUAAUAUUGUGCUACGAAAGAGAGGCAAUGACAACUGGCUUUAUAACCCUGCUUACCUUUAAAUACAGCCUAAGUGUGCCAUGCAGGUCUCUGGCUUAUAUCAAAAGUGACAGAAAUCAGAGUUUGAUUUAUCCUAGGAAAAAGAGAGAGAAUGCAUUCCUUGUCCUAUAAAGAACAUUCUAAAGACCAUAACCACUACAGCUGUCCCACUGUUAACAGCUAAACCAUUUUGAAUUGUUUGACACAUUCUUGAGUCUCACAGACACUGGCAGUCCAUCCCCUCUUUGUACUAAAGUGGAAUUUCCUUUCUGCUUUAAAAAUAACAAUUAUUCCUAGUUUUGAAUAGAACGUAUUGGCUGUGGAGUGUCGGAUUCAAAGCAAUGAAAUUCAGAGAAACUCCUUGCAAAACGUAUUGGCAAAAAUGCUAGUCUGUCUAAAGUAGCAAAUAUUUAAAGGGACACCAAAUUGGAAGUUACCAGUUAAAAGAAAAAAUAAAUCUUAAUAGCAUUUUUACAGAUUGUCGCAAAUAUGGAGCUUUUUCAGGAAGCAGGAAGUAGCUAAGGUUUCACAGCCUAUCCUAGUCUUCCCAUUGAUAUCAACAGUGUACAGUGUACACAUAUUAUAAUCUCCUGCCUAGCAGAGAUAUGAGAGAGCUGCAGUUUCGAUUUGUCUACCUACUAAGAUCCUCCUAGCUUGACGUAUAUUCAUUUGUGGGGGAGGGAGGGUAUGAAUGAAGUUCCUUACGAUAGUUAAAGCUCUAUACAAGCUCUCUCGUCAAAGAGUGUAGAAGUGCUUGUGUAUUUUCCCUCGGUGAUAUCAUACAGUGAGGGGAUAGGUAUAAGCUUAUAAUGAUUUUUUUUCAAUUGGUGCUGAGAUAAUGAACAGUAUAAAGUAUGAGAAGGACAUGGAAAUUUGCUCCUUAAUGUGGACAAAGGACAUACAUAGCGUUGUGUUGAAGAAGAUCUAGAUCUCUGUACAGCAGGGGUAGACAACCUUUUAGUAGUACUGAGCCAAAACAAGAUCUUUAAGUCCCUUGGCGUGCCCGUCCUAUUUUUUUUUUCAAUUGAGGUGUGUAUGUUGCCAUAUUGUGCUUGUGUUAUUUUUCGGUGCUGCAGUUGCUUUGUAGUGUUGUAUUUGUGUGUAUGUGGGCUGUUAUAUUGUAUACUGUAUGUUCAUGAGUAGUUUGUGUAUGAUACCAAUGAAUGUGUGCUGUGUAUGGGGGCUGCUUGUGGAAUUGUGUGUGUGGAUGAUAUGUCACAUUGUGUGUUUGAUGGUGUGUGUAUGUGUGGUGCUGUUUGUGGGGUUGUGUGCAUGUAUGUGGAUUAAGUGUUGUUAUGGUUGUGGGGACUGUAUGUGUGUUUGUGUGUAGGCUAUUUGUAGUAUUUUUAUGAGGGGGCGGCUUCUUAUGCAGCUCUGUGUAUAUGUAUAUAUAUAUAUAUAUAUAUAACUGUGUGAAUGGCUUCUCUGGGGUCUAUUGGGGACUGGACUGACCUGCGUCAGGCAGUGUGGAUUCCCAUUCACAAGUGCUGGGAGGAAUUAAUCUGAGAUCACUUACUCUAAGUGCAGCAAUGUGUAGACUGAGGAUUGUCCCUCACCACCUGCAAUCACCGCUCAGUUUGCACUAGCAAAUAUCUGAAAUCCCACUGGGACUCCAGAUAGGCCAGAGCCUGUUUGGUUCUGGCAGCCUUGAGUGCCAUAGGUUUCUGAGCCCUGUUAUAGAGCAUCAUAUCUAUUUACUGUACAGAAUUACAGAACAUCAUAUCUAUUUGCUGUAUGAUACAAGUAAGCAUUUACUGUACAGAUUCAAUAUUACAAAUAGUAAGAAGCAUAUACAUAUAUAUAUAUAUUAACGUUCAUGUUGUUCUGGGUGAGAGUAGGGAGGGUUGCAUUCCUUUUUAUAUGUUGAGAAAAACAAGUAGCAAGAGAGGUGAGAAUGGAUAACAACUCAAUUAGCCUGCCCUUCGGUGGGACUUGUGCCAUUACAGAGAGAACAUAUCUGAAGCAUAUCAGACUGGUCCCACCCGUACGGCCAGUCCAGAUCCCAAAUGCCAGCAAGUUCUCUCUGCACGAGAGACACAGCAACCCCAGAUGAUCGUUAAACCCUGUAAGGUAUCAUCAGUGAUGUAUAGCCAAUAUCCCUCUAGGCACCGUGAGCAAGGGGUCCACGGCUGGAUUGACCUUUAAACUUAAGGAGAGAAAAACAAGUAGCAAGAGAGGUGAGAAUGGACAACCGCUCAAUUAGCCUGCCCUUUUUCUCUCCUUUUUAUAUGUUGUCUUACUCCUCCGUGAAGGGAACCUAUAGUCCUUAAAAUAACAAACAUUAUUUCAGGACUACAGAUUCCCUUAUGUUCCCCUCUUCAGGCAUGAAGAAAUUAUAGCAUAGAAAUUAAAGUAAUGAUUACUCACCUCCUUUUCAGCAACGGGACUCCUCCGCUGCGGCCUCCAGCCCUGUCUCUAGUGAUGGCAGCACCCAAGCAGACAACACCUCCGAUCUCCAUCAAUAUAUUGCUUCUCACUGAAAAGCAAUGGUUUGGAACUCGGUACGCGCGGCCAAACGCUGCUCUCCUCCAAUCAAAUAAUGCUGUGAGACAGCCGCUGGAAGUGUAUUUAACCCUAAAAAGACAGGGCCACUGCACCCAGACCAGAGAUGAAGUGGUCUGGGUUACUUUAGUGAUCCUUUCAUAUUGCAUUAUACGAUCACAAUCAAAUGUACAGGUUAAAAGAUAUACUUAUAUGGUGAUAACUUCCUCCAUCUGCAAUAUGGCCUCCAGGAAUGGACAGGGUGCCCUCAAAUAAUGUGAACAGUAUCCUACAGUUUUUGGGUAUCGCCACAUCCCUUGUAGUAGUGCCAUUAUGUGAGUGCAUGGCAAUAACCAGUAAGGUGAUCAGUAUAAAAAAUUUGAAUUAGAGUUUAGCACUUUUUAGAGAGGUGUUUUUAUUUCUACAAAAAUGACACCAAAUAUCUGGCAUGACAGUUGGAGUUGGAAAGCGAUAUUCAUCAAAUGCCAUGUUUGACCCUGCUCACAGAUGGGAGUACUUUGAUGAACAGACUUGUAAAGGUAGCGAAAGAGCCAUAUUCAGGGUGAGAAGAGGGUGGCCAGCAGGGACAGUGUCAGAAGUAGAAACCGUUGCUAGGUAACGGAUAAUCAGAUUAAUGAUUGCAGUGCACGCUAAUGGUAAUCUCCGGUAUCUGUCAGAGUAGCCUGUUACAGAAACAAAACACUAUAUUGACAGAAUUUGUUAAAGAAAGAUCAAUUCAAGCGUAGCUUCUGCCUGUGAAGUAUUCGAACAAGAGAUUUUUGUAAAAAUAUCUGUCAUUACAAGCAAUAAGGAAGUGACACAGGACCUCCUUGCACAAUAACCUGUGGAAGAAACACAGUUUUCUGUGAUGCAUGGAGAGUCCAUUUAAAGCCCAACAAAGGAAUGGACCAGCACAAAAAUGGAGAGGGCCCUGUCCCCAAGGGCGGGGAGGGGUGUCAGUCUGCUAUGAAUGCACACCAGGCUGAUCGCGUACCUCCCAACAUUUCAAAUGGACAAAGAGGGACAACCACCUCCAUCUUAGCCCCCCCAUAUUGAGAAUUUUAACAAAAGAACAUUCCAUUUGUUAGAUCAACCUUUUUUUCCGUUAGAUCUACUCUAAAAUAUGCAAUAUUAAAGCCCACAAAGUCGUUCAGUGAAUACCGCCUCUUGCGUGAUAGAUCUAACAAAAAACAGUGGAUCUUACCUGAUCUAACGAAUAUCUACUAAAAUUAGUAACAUUUUGCCCAAAUUUCAGUUGGGAGGGGGGGCAGCCCCCCGCAGCCCUCCCCCUAAUUAUAUAUGCAAUAUCUCAGUAAUUAGACUAGAUCUAACAAAUAUUUUUGCCUGAACAAACCUGAUCUAAUGCAGAACUAUCAUAAUCAACAACAUUUUGUGCACGUUUUUGUUGAGGGGAGGCUGGCUACGGGUUAGCCCCCCUGAAAAUGAUUGUUAAUAUCGCAUAUUUUAGAGUUGAUCUAACAAAAAAAAUUGUUGAUCGAACAAAGAUCUAACAAAUGGAUUAAUCUUUUGUUAAAAUUCUCAAUAAGGUGGGUGGCUAACCUGUGGGUGGUAGAGGGAGACUUACUAAUAGCAAUUUAUGCAACUAAAAUGCAAUUUGGGCAGCUAGUGGGGGCUAAAAUUUUAUUCUGCCAGUUGCCCCACCUAUUUUGCCCCAUCCAUGGGCAGCAGAUAGGGCUGAAAUAUCAUGACAGGGGGAGACUUGCCUUUCAAGCCAUGCUCAUUACCAUUAAAAUAGGAAUAAAAAGUUGUGGAAAAACUGAUUAUUUUGGUGCACUAAAGAAAUGGUGAGAAAAGAACGCCAAUGCGUAAAGGGUGAAGUACCAAUUUUAAAUGUAAGCAAAUGGCGCAUGAGCACAAAACGGGCAUGAAUGUGAAAGUGAAUGCAUCACGUUUUUACACUUAACCCCCAUGAUAAAUUAUUUGUGCUUAUAAACAAUACAUGGAGGUGCUGCCCAGUCGUAUAUAGAAUUCAUAUGCUGUGGGCUGGAAAUCGAUUAAUUAAUCAAUGAGGAAUCCAAAAUGAACUGGUUUCAGGUUUCUCUAUGACUGUGUCAUAGCAGAACUUUCCAUAUGUUUACCAUUAACAUGUAGAAUUAUAAUACUUUAAGUAAAACACGAUUUACUGUUCAAUCCUACUUGUACAUACUGCGGAUAUUACAUGAAAAGUUCUACCCACACUGUGAUUAAUUACUGUGCUCAAAGAAGGAAAUCAGUUCAUAAGUCAAAAAGGAAUUUCCCAGCUGGCCAUCGUUAGAAGUGAUUUGAUUCCCUUUCUGCAGUAAACGAUUGCUACAUACCUCAGGGAAGCACUUUUCAUGUGGUGUCCAUUAACUCGUGGAUGGGAAGUAUGGCAAGCAAAGCAAGAUCUGGUGCAGGUGAUCAUGGAAACAUACAGAUGUUCAAGGAUGUCCUCAGUCCAGCUGUUUUAGACUAACAUUUAAAAUUUGUAUGUUCUUAUGUAACAACGUGGGAGUUAGGUAAAAAAAACAAAAAAACUCAGCUAGUAAACGCCAGUCUCAUUUGUAGCUAAUUUAAAUUUAGGACAAAUUUGGUAUAAAAAAAUAAAUAAAAAAAUCCACCCACUCGGCUAUUAUAACAGCUUGAUUAUUUCAGUAUAAAGUUUACAAUUUGGUGUUUAUUUUCCUACAAUUCAACGUUUAGUGUAGGGACCCCUAUCUCUAAGGGUUUCAUUCUGAUUUUUUUUUUUUUUUUUUUUAAACAUCACCUUUAUGUGCAACCCUGGCCUAUUGAAUUGAAAGCAUCCCAAGUAAAGGGAUAUUAUUAUUAUUUUAUUAUUUUUUACAAUACUUAUUGCUGACAUAUCUUAAUUAGAUAGCUAAAGACUGUAUGUAUGGAAUUAUGAAAUGUCAUCUGCGUGAGUCACAAUAAUUAUCAGGUCAUUCACAGACAAUAACCAAAUACAUAUUAAAAAAAAUCUUACAUAUCGAAUGACCAUCUUUACAAUAAAUCUAUACAUUUGCUUUUUUGAAAUCUUAGUUUAAUUCGAUUUCUAUAAUAGAAAGCACAUGCAAUAAAAACUCAGGUCAUGACAGCAAUUUAAGCCCCAGGAUUGACUGAUACUUGAGUUUUAGGUAUAUUUUAAACAGAUUUAUCCACAAAACACUGAAUUUAAGUUGAUUCAAUCCCAACCUCCUAAAUUUAGGCUUAGCCAACCUUUGAAUAAAUUUAAGUUUUUGCCCAAAUUAUAAAAAAAAAUUUCACGUAUAUUUGCUGCACUGUAUGCUGUCUAGAACUGAGAAAGAGACUGGUAACUAUAAGCCAAAAUAAUUUGAAUUCUAAAUCGGCUACUUUGGCCUAAAAUCCCCAACGCUUCUCUUGGUUUCCCCACAUAUCACAGGUCAGUGAUUAACCAUGUCAGACGUAUUCGGUAAAAACAGAAUUGUCAGGAAGGGAAUGUCAAGUUUAAGGCCAGGAAAGCUGAGCUGGAAUUGGGAGAAUUUUUCCUAAUUUGUCUAUUUCAGCCUGCUAUUCCCUGUUCAUCUUCUGAUAAUUCACUGUUUAGUGAAUAAGCCUGAGCUCUCUGAUUGCAAUCCUAAAAUAAAUAAGAAAAAUCACCUUGUUCAGCUUAUUAAACACAUCCCUCAAAAUAUAUGACGGUUUCAAUAAGAAAGUAUUUUUCAUGUUUAGUAUCCUCUCUCUGUCAAUGUUUUUUUCUGGCAUAACUAAUGUGUCUUUUACUAAAACUGUGCUUUUGAGGUUAUUUGGCACACUAAGGGUUAUUGAGGGUAGGGGGAAUCUGGUCAGCUGACACUUCCUCUAUAUUUAAGCUAACCAGACUUAAUUUCAGUGGCUGGUUUGGCCUCUUUCAAUAUAUAGAAAUGGACUGCAGUGUUAGAAACAUAAUGGAGUAGUUUGCUCAAAUGUAUUGAUGAUCAUCAAGAUGUGUGCAUUAACUAACCAUAGGGGAGUAUCUCUGCACAUGUGACUGCAGUAAAACUAAUUGUGUUUUUUGUUCUGUUAUGGAGGCAAUUAACCUAUCUGUCACCAACAUUAUAGGAAAUAUUAGAGUUGAAGGAAGAAAUCCUUUAAUGCUAGCAACCACUUAUCAGUGCAGGGCUAAUUCUGUCUAAAGUGUGACUGUGAAGAUGUAUCAGUUAAUGAAAGCUUCACUUCGUUGCUUUUUAAUCCUUCUACCUCUUCCAGUGCAGGAUUUCUUGUGGCCUGGUGAUAGAUUGGAGGGGAUGAGAUUUGGUUGCAUCUAUAGAAGGAAGGACCAAGUUGGGUUUGAUGCAGGUGUCCAGAAAAAGACUGCUGUAAAGUCUCAGGUUGGCCUAGCCUCUUCCCCUUGGGAAGUUGGAACUCAACAUUUUUGGGAAUCCUGGCAGACUGUUGAUUGGCACCUGUGUUCUCCAUUUUUGUUGCAGACCUUGCAGAAGAGCUUGGGGCUUUCCAGACCAUGUCAUGAGAUGGAACCAGUAGUGAAGCAUGGGCAGGUACACCAGGGAUGUAUAAAGGUUGAUGGUGGCUCUUCUAAAUAUGACUUAACUGCAGUUCAGGAUUCCAAGAUUGUUGAAGAAAUAGACUCUGCUUCUAGAUCUGGUUUAAUCAAAAACUUUGCAAGCCCUUUAGAAACCUCAUUCCACAACGAAGUCCCUUUCCAAAUCACAAUGGCUAACUGUGACACAGAAUUGGCUAUCAAUUCUGACUUGAUGUUAAAGUCUCUGGAGGCCUCAGAGACCGAAUUAAAUCACACUUUUGAAAGGAACUUGAUGGCUGAUAUUGUACUUAGGAGAAAUUCUAGGUCCUUGCUAGGUAUUGGGGAAUGGCUGGCAGAUGAGGCUUUAGGCACACUUUAUUACCUAGAGGAUUCAUUCUCUUCAUCCAUAGAUCUGGGUUCACAUAUUGAUGAAAAUAUAUGGCCACCACUAGAUCCAGGUGAUAACUUUGACACACUUGCCAAUGGAUGGCCAGAGCUAGAAAAUGAGGAGAGUAUUGGGCUCCCCCUAGAGGUUGAUUUUGGAUAUGGAACAUUUCCAGGAAUUGAAUGCUAUGGAAUUGGAGGUUGUGUAGAUCUGAUGGACAUUGCUACUACAGCUGAGAAUGGCUAUCAGGAAAAAAAUGGAGUAAUAGAAGGAGGCAGCUGCAGUAAGGAAGAUUACAUCAGGCAAGAUAAAUACAGGUAUUUCCACCCUUUAGUUCUCUCUACCACUCCUACCUCCUAGUUCCUGUAAUCUAUGUCUGCUGGAGCAGAGGUGUCAAGCUACAUUCCAAAAAUUUCUUGCACUUUUCUGUAGCCACUAGGUGGGUUAACCAAGUUUUAAAUAGAAUGCUUUUCUCUUCUGUCCUUUGGAAACCUCAGGUCUAUUAUUGUACUGUAGCUUAAGCAGGAACAACAUGUUGGGGUUUAUUCGCUAAACAGUGAACUAGAAAUUAGAUUGCAAAGUUAUAGAUAAAAGUACUUGAUUUGGGAAAAAUAUUUAAGUCAACUAUUUGUUUACAUUUUGCAGUUCAGUGAAUUUUGAUUGUGAUUCAACACCUCGUGUUUACCCCAUGCACCACCCACACGUUUUCUGUAGUUCUCAAAUAGCCUUUCUACCACUUUUUUUUUUUUUUUUUUUUUUAUCCUGAUUUUUACUUCAUAUUAGUCAGUAUAAAGUUUAAUUUUUCAUGUUCCUUCUCAGCAGCAAACUUGCUUCACAUUUUUACAAAGCAUUUAGGAGUCUGGGCCAAGACACGUGAGCCUUGAACUCAUACUCACUUGGGUUUUAAUACCAUAUUAAAUUGUGUCCACAUAUGGCUCGUAUUGUACAUGAUUUGCAUACUCAAAUUAAAUGUACACUGCAGGCACGAUAACCACUUCAACAUGUUAUAGUUCCUGACUUCUGUAUGUGCAAAGUCUCAUAUAACUACGUUCUCUAUCCAUUUAGUAUAGAUGGAAUGGAAAUGGACACUGAAACUGCUGUGCUUUGUUUUAAAGCCACAACACACACACAACAUCCGGUAAACACAUAUUCUAAAUAUCUGACUGACGUAUAUUCUCUGAAUUUACCACUCAAUAAAAUAUACUAUAAUUAAAUAAACCUGUUCAGUUAAUGGCAGACUUGUGUAGAAAUUUUCUAUUUUCAAAACUGUAAAAACUGUACUUUCAAAACUGUAAAUGUACACCGGUACCAGCUAUUGGUUUGAAUGGCCACUAAUUAUCGAUAUCUGCCCUAAAAAAAGCAAUUUCGGUUGAUACUGAACAACCAUUACAGCGUGUUUGUAGCUUGCCAUUUGUAUAAAUAAUGAGGAGGUGAAAUGUUAGCAUUAUUUAAGGGAUAUUCUAGUGUUGGAAAUAGUUUUUUUUUCUAGAACUAUAGCUCCCUAGUGCACCCCCCAUCAUACAAGGUAAGAGUUAAUAAAACCUUACUGCACAUAAAAAUAGGGGAACUUCAUUACGUAACAGGAAAACAACCUGAGAGGAGCCCUGUCAGAGGGCAAGAAUAAGCAUGCAGAUAUAAACUUACAAACCCCCACACUCACUGGGCACGUAUUACAAUAUAGCACCAUGGUGGCCCACACAAUCAACCUCUACAGCUACCCCCUUAGAGGACAACUCCCUGCACACAUGGAUGAUUGCGGCCUAUAACCCGCUAUAUCCUACAAGGCACAGGUUAUUUGACCGCCGACUCACACCUUACAAUAAUUCAAUUACACUUCACAUAAUGCCAACCACGAAACAGCCCGAACACUCGGAGGCAAAAUUGCCACUGUCUCCUCCAAUUUAAAAACAAACCAAAGCAAAUAUCUAAACCCCGGUGUAACUUAAACAUUAGUAUACACUAUGAGUAGAAUCGUACUGCACUACUAGAUAUAUCUUUUAACUGCUACAUAUCAGUUAAAUAACAAUAUAAACCGAUCGACACAGGCCAGCAGGACCAUACUCUACCAAUUUAGCUGCACUACUAGGCUCUCAAGCAAUGUCUCUGUUUUUGCCAAAGCUAAUCUAACCUCACAUAAUAAUGUCAAUGUUUGGAUGUCUCUACCUUGACUCGCUAGACCUCUUAGGAUCUAAUCUGUCUUCUGUACCAAACUUGAUAUGCACCUUGUCCCUUCUCUUUUUUGUUGUACCCAACUAUGCACUGCUAUAACAAAAAAAAACAACAAUUAAAAAUUGAAUGUCAAAAAACCUUACUGUACUUACCCACUUCCAGCGCUGAAAAACGGCAAGAAUUACCAUUGCAGAUUUAAGGGGACAGGGUUUGGGGGUGACCCUGGAUAUCCUCAUGCAUAGUGUGAGGAUGUCCAGCAUCAGUUAGGCAACCAAAAGACUCCUAAUGACCCAGAAGUUGCCCUAGUGGCUGUUUGAUAGACAGCCAUUAGAGGUGGAGUGAACCCACAAAGGUAAAUAUUGUAGUUUCGUAAAAACUGCAAGAAUUACCUUUGCUGGGUUAAGGGACCUGGGAAUAUGCACCCAGACCACUUCAAUGAGCUGAAGUGGUCUAAAUGCCUAUAGUGGUCCGAAGUUAUAAGUGCCAGGAAAACCUAUUUUUGUAUUUUUUUUUAUUUUAUCUCUCUAUCUAUCUCUCAAACACAGCCUAACUGUUAACACUAGACAUGGGUUUUUAAAACUCCCUUACUUAUUUGUAAUUCUAUGUCUGGCAGAAAAUGACAGGAAGCAAAUGAUGGUGUUCAGCAUUAUUUAUCCAUGGUGUAAAGUUCACAACAAGCACAACUUGGGCUGGAGUCCAAAAAAGGAUUAAAAUUUUUAUUUAUUUAUAUUUUUCCUUUUCAUCAGACAGUGUGAAGAGGCAGCAUUCUGUACAUUGUUUCACAGUGCUUUCUGGAUUGGUAUGCCAGUAAAUAUUUGAGAUGUGAAAGCACUUGGAAAUACACCAGGAUUACUGUGAUUUCAAAUGGUGUAUUGUGCACUUUAAGCGGCACUGGUGACAUGGUCUUCUGGUGGGUCCUCUUCUGCUGCUAAUGCAAAGGUUGCAUGCCUGAGAGUACAGCAUUGAGUUCUGUGGACGAUCCCUUGGGAUCCUCUAUAGAGCCAUUUCCCUGCAGCCUUCGGCGUACACCUCUGGGAUUGGUGCUCAUUGACGGCAGUCGCGCUACACAGUGUCUACAAAUGUCAGGCUUGGGGAAGAAAAUACUACAUUCUCUCAGCAGAUCUUUUGACUGUUUUUGAAUUUUAGUGACAUUCCAACACAGUCCGUAUUAAUGUGUAUAUGCCAAUAAACCACUCUCCUGUUCAGUGCCAGGAAGUACACCAAACGUCCUGACUGCAUGUUUUUGCAGGUAGCUCUGCAUUAUAGGACAUUUUAUGCCUCCACUUUUACUUUAUUUUAAUUAGGGGUGAACUCGGGGCCAGACUUGCAUUACAAGCACUUGAAGACAGAUCAUUCUCAAGUGUUCCAAAUACCAUCUUCCAAAAAAAAAAAAAAAAACCCCACUCACACAGAAAACUUUGAAAACUCAUAGACUGUGUGUUCACAUGUGUAACAGUAUGUGGAUAGUGGUCUGUAGGUAUGGUUUUUAAUUGUGUGUAGUCAUUUGAGUUAACCCUUUUGGCCCUUGUCCUCUUUCUUCCCCCAGGAGAUUGCUGUGUUCGGUCUCUGCGGACAGGGUCACGCAGAAAUAGGUCUCUCUCAGACUAAAUACAGCAAUCUCAGUCUAGCAGAAGGUGUGCUCUUAAAAGGACACUCUAGACUAGAGCAGGCUUCCCCAAACUCCGGCCCUCCAGAUGUUGCUGAACUACAACUCAGCCUUUCUAUUUAAUUCAUAGAAUCAUGGGAGUUGUAGUUCAGGAACAUCUGGCGGGCCGGAGUUUGAGGAAGCCUGGUCUAGACCUUUAGUUUGCUGAUAUGCUUUGUGUGAAGUGUCCUUCCUACCCUCCCCCACCCAAUUUUACAAAAUAGAUUUCAAUAGAAAUUGGCACACUUCCAACAUAACUCCUUAAAGACAACCGGUCCUGUCACUUCCUGGUUAUUUAGCUAAAUGGAGUUAAACUCAAUGCAGCCAAUUGCCCAGAGCACCUGCCUUGCAAAGACAUCUCAAUGAGUUGUGUUAAAGUCUGUUAUUGGACAGCCACAGAAAGUCAGGAAUGGGGAAGGGGUUUUUUCCAAAGAUGGCAGACAAAACUUUUGCAAGCUGUUUUUCGAUGUACCCCAAUUGAGGGGAAGCAUAAAUAAAUGCAUGCAUAUAUUAAUUUGGGUCUAUCUACUAAACAGUGAUUUAUUUAUUUUUUGUAUUGUAAUUAAGCAGUGGAUUGUCCCUUUUAACAUGCAGCAAACCCUACUACCUGCUUUGCCCAAUGGAAAUCCAGCCUUUGGUGGAUUGAACGCUGCCAAAUCUGUUGUGGGUUUAGGGUCUUAAAGGACAACUAUAGUGCCAGGAAAACAAACUCGUUUUCCUGGCACUAUGGAGUCAUUAGGUCUCUCCCCCCCUCUUCAGCCACUUACCUUUCUCCAGCGCCGGGCUCCCUCUGUGCUGGGGAACUCUCCACCCUCUGCCGACGUCAGAUCUGCAUGCGCUGCAAGAGCCGCGCAUGCAUUCAAACCACCCAUAGGAAAGCAUUACUCAGUGCUUUCCUAUGGACGUCCAGCGUCUUCUCACUGUGAUAUUCAGUGAGAAUCGCGGAAGCGCCUCUAGUGGCUGCCACUAGAGGCUGGAUUAACCCCAAAUGUAAACACAGCAGUUUCUCUGAAACUAUGUUUUCAGCUGCAGGGUUAAAACUAGAGGGACCUGGCACCCAGACCACUUCAUUGAGCUGAAGUGGUCUGGGUGCCUAUAGUGGUCCUUUAAGGAUUGAAGGCCCCGGUCACAACUCUAUUUAGAGCAAUUGGGCAUUCAAAGAGUAGGAUGUCUAAUCUAGUUUGAUGUAUUGUUUACAUAGUUUAUGUAAAUCAAGGUGGUUUUUUUUUGUUUUUGUUUUUUUAAUUUUCUUUUUAAUUUUUUUUUUUAAUAUAAUCAUGUGCACGGAUCCAUUUUUCAUUUGUAAUUUUUGUAGUAAUUUGUUUUUGAGGAUCGUACCUAGAUAUGUAUAACUCUUAGACGUAGGUGUGCAGUUUCUAUAUAUAAUUUUUUUUUUAUUUUUUUUUUUUAGCUUUUUGAUUCACUUGUGCAGUGCUUGGUAAUAAAAUGUCUGCAUUUGUGUGUUGGCUUUAUUGUGUAAUGUAGACAGGAACUGACAAAGGGGACUUUACUUGGAUGUUCAUUCACUAAACUGGAACGCGUGGAGAACUAGAAAGAAAAUGUUUGUUGUUUUUACCAUGUCUGCUAGUUAAAUUUUUUUUUUAUAUAUAAUCUUUGUAAAUACAUCCCCCUAAUAGUUACAUAGCUGAAAAGAGACUUGGGUCCAAGUUCAGACUUCCUCACAUGGUUUUUUGCUGUUGAUCCAAAAGAAGGCAAAAAAAACAGUCUGAAGCACUUCCAAUUUUGCAACAAACUAGGAAAAAAAUCCUUCUUGACCCCAGAAUGGCAGUCAGAUUUAUCCUUGGAUCAAGCAGUUAUUACCCUACAUUGAAAGAUAAUAUCCUUGAAUUUUUGGGGUUUUUUUGCAAGUAGGCAUCUAGUUGCUGUUUGAACAUCUGUAUGGACUCUGAUAAAACCACUUCUUUAGGCAGAGAAUUCCACAUCCUUAUUGUUCUUACAGUAAAAAAAAACCUUUCCUUUGCCUUAGAUGAAAUCUUCUUUCUUCCAGUCUAAACGCAUGACCUUGUGUCCUAUGUAAAGUCCGGUUUGUGAAUAGAUUUCCACACAAUAGUUUGUACUGGACCCGAAUAUAUUUGUAUAAUGCUAUCAUAUCCCAUUCAAGUGACUUUUUGCUAUCAUAUCCCAUUCAAGUGACUUUUUUUUCUAAACUAAAUAGGUUUACAUUUGUUAACCUUUAUUCAUAGCUGAUAUAUUCCAUUCCUUUGAUUUGGUAGCCCGCCUCGGCACUUUAUCUAGUGCCAUAAUAUCCUUCUUUAGAACAGGUGCCCAAAAUUGCACAGAAUAUUCAAGGUGUGGUCUUACCAGUGAUUUAUAAAGAGGCAAAAUGAUAUUCUCAUCCCGAGAAUGAAUGCCCUUUUUCAUGCAUGACAAUACCUUACUGGCCUUGGCCACUGCUGAUUGACAUUGCACAUUAUUGCAUAGUUUUGUUGUCUAUAACAAUUCCCAAGUCCUUCUCGUGUGUUAUCCCUAAUUCGCUUCCAUUAAGGGUAUACGUUGCUUGUGCAUUCUUUAAGCCAAAGUGCAUAACUUUGCAUUUUUCAACAUUAAAUUUCAUCUGCCAUUUGAGUGCCCAGUCUAACUAAAUCCCUCUGCAGCAAAGUAAUAUCUUGCUCACAUUGUAUUGUUUUACAGAGUUUUGUGUCAUCUGCAAACACUGAAACAUGACUUUCAAUGCUGUCUUCAAGAUCAUUUAUAAACAUGUAAAUAGAAGGGGUCCCAGAACAGACCCCUGAGUGACACCACUUGCCACCUCUGUCCAGCUUGAAAAUUUACCAUUAAUGACAACUCUUUGUACUCUAUUUUUAAGCCAAUGUUCUACCCAAGAACAUGCAUUUUCAUUGAGACCGAUUUCCUUGAGUUUGAACACUGAUCUAUAUUGUGGAUUUUUUUUUUUUUUUUUUAAAUGUGUGUUUUUUGUUUUUGCCCUGCUCCUGGCAACAAGCCAUAGGUAGCAGCAGUUACACCUUCUUCUGUCGCUUACAGGGAUCCUGAGCCUCCGCUAUAGUUGGGAGGUCGGGACAUCUCGUUCUGAUGCAGUGCCUCCACUCAGUGCAACUUCUAUUUAUGGGGAACCCACCCCACUGAGUAGAUGAGUACCCUCCACUUAAUAAUUCAGAGACAUGAAAUGAAUACAGACAUGGUUAAAGAGAUCUAUAGCAGCAGAAAUAACAAUGCAGUUCGUGGCUAAUGUUAAACACAGUCACAAGAGUCUUUACCAGCAGGAAUGCAGACCGCAAACUUCUCUUCAUAACAUCAAUAACUACAUCUGAACAGUUAAACUCCUAGGUACCAGCAGGUAAAUUAUGUGCACAACGUUGGGGCCCUUAGGUGUAGGUAGUGCUACCCAGGUACAGUUAUAAGGGAGAAUCCUGAAGCAAUCUCUGGAGACAGUACCUUUUGAGUGACCUCUGUAACUGCAGAUAUCUCCAGAGAGAUCCAGCAGAACAGCAAUGGCAAUCCUUUCUCUUCCUUCUGCUGACAGAAUACAAGAGCUCAUUCACACUCCUGCAGGGAGCUGAACAUUAAAUAACAAGUCUUCUAAUUCUCCUAGCAGAGCAGUAGACGGUCUCCAACUUCUUGUAGUUGCAGUGCAUUAGCCUUCCCCUGUUAUUAUUUCACUGUCCCAGCAGUCAUAGACCAUUGAAACAGGUAGGGCCACACUUUCUUUAAGCGGACUCGGAGAACAUGGCUACUCCGCUCUCCUCUUCUUCCUGCCAUCCUAGCCCUUCCUCAAAGUUCAAUAUCUCAAAACUUAAAGCAAAACAGUGAAAUAUAGCAGCCUGUUACAUAUGUAUUAAUUAAAACCAAAUCAAUUAACAAAUUGUAUAUAAGGGAAAAAAAUGUAAUCUGUAAACAGAUGCAUAGGUCAGAUUCUAAAAGCAAAACCAUCAUUUUACCUGAUUGCAGGGUACAGACAGUCCCUGACAAUGAUUAUGGUGGUGUCUAUCUACAAGUACUCUCCACCAGGGCGUUAGGAAGUUCACUUUCCUGGCUUGCACAGUAACUCGUAACAAAUUUGUAUGUCCCUGCUGAUGUGAUGAGGACUGCGAGCACUAUCCUCUGGAACUAACACUCAUAUUUCUGGCAAAACCGACGGUGUUAACUGGUGGUGGGUAGAAUGAGCAGAACCAUGCAUCUGUCUGUUUUUAUGCACGGGCCAGUUCAGUUUUGCGAACCCCUGUGCCACAGUGUAUGCAGUUUUGGAACCUUCUAGCAUUGUGAGUAGGUUUAGUGGAGAAGACAGGCGUAUUCUAAGUGCAGUGUGGACUGUAGAUGUAAACAUGGAUAUAUAUAUAUUUUUUAUCGCUCUACUUUGACGACUAGCUCUAGGCUAGCUCAUUUUGCGAUUUUUGCCUAGUGCAAGUCACAAGCCCUAUAAUUGCCUCAUUGCCUGGUUGUCACACCCCUUUUCUCUGCUCCGUGUCUAGCUAUUAUAAUAAGCAUUAUGUAUAGAGUAAUUUCCAUGAUGCACUAUGCCCAUACCUGUCAGGAAAGACGUAAAACAGGUGUAAAUACAGCUUUUCUGUCUUUGAGUAAGUCAGGUUCACUGUUUCUGUUGAUGGUCUCCUGUCUAGCUGUUUUUAUAUAUAAUUUCAUAACGCAUUUGUAUGUUUACAGAAAGAAUAUAAACUCUGCUCUUCAAUGCACGAGUCACAUGGUUUUUCUCUGGCUAAUAGAGCAUGUCUGUCUGUGUCUGCUUGAAAGAUACUCAAAAAUCACAUGUGUAGAGUACUGCGACAAUUGGAGUGUUAAAUGCUUCUUCCAAAUAGGCUCUUAAAAUGUGUGUUUUUUGUUUAAUAAGACCAUUAAAACAAACUCUUUACAAUAACAGUUUUUUUUUUGUUUUUGUUUUCUUUCUUUCUUUAAUAGUGGGGCGGCUACCAGUGGAGGGGAGAAUGAUGGUGACGAGCUGGAUCAGAACUGGCAACCUCCUGAUUCAGAACUGAUACAGAAACUUGUAGUCCAGAUUGAAUAUUACCUUUCUGAUGAAAACUUGGAGAAAGAUGCCUUCCUCUUAAAACAUGUGAGAAGAAAUAAAAUGGGAUUUGUCAGCGUUAAACUACUUACCUCCUUUAAAAAGGUUUGUUUCAGUUUCUAUACGUAGCGUUUUUUCUUUUCAUAGUUUUGUGUUUAAAGCUAUAGAAUCUGGUUUUAGACAUUUCAUAUUAGCUUGGACUGCCUUAAUUAACGUUGCCAAGAAUAUACAAUUAAAGGAGGCGCCAUAAGUACAUGCUAAUGUAGUUAUGGUCCAUGCAGUCACCAGGUCCUCGGUCACUCAAGAGCAUUUGAUGGAGAAAUUUGGGGUGGGGAUGGCUUAAAGACCAGUAAUAUUUAACUUAAGUCAAUGACUCGAGCAAAGAUGUAACGAUUACCUAUCCCACGAAACCAUGGGGGGAGUAAAGGUGUCACAGAAUCUCUCCUCCUUUGAGGAUGGUCGCCUAAACUGUGCUCCCCCAAGGGGGUAUCCCUUAAAGACCAUAAUAAAAAAUUACCAAUACGCUCCACUAAUAGGUGGCGCAAAAGGAAGGGGCACAGUGAAAAGUUAACUUAAAAAGAACCCUAGGUUUUAUUAAGAUCUAAUGUUAAAAAGGAAAUAGAAAAAAAAAAUUGCUCAACUAAAGGUGUAAGCCUAAUUGAUCUAGGAGAUAAAGUGGAAAGGUGGAGUCCGACAGUUACUCAUACUGCUGUAUAGAAAGCCACCACAUGGGCAGGUAGGUAAACCAGAAGAAACCCCCCUUGUAUAAUAUACCACCUACUAGAGAAAGGUACAGGGUCUCAAUGGGGAAAUUCACAAGAAAAAAGCUCUAAUAGGACUCCCUCAUCUGUAAAGAGAGACUCCAGCACCCAAGUGAGGAACACCUCAUAGGGAUUAUGCUUGCACCCAGACCACUUCAAUGAGCUAAAGUGGUCUGGGUGCCUAUAGUGUCCCAUUAAAGACAACAUUUUAAAAAUUGUGUUGUGUGUGUGUGUUUUUGAAUUUUUUUUUUUUAAUUAUUAUUUUUUUUUUUUUUUAAUACAUUGACUGAUACGUUUGUGUUCCGUACUUGGGAAAUGUCAGCGAUUAACACAUGAUUCUGUUGAAGAAUGAUUAAUAUUUGACGGUUUACAAAAUUCCAAUGCUAUUUACAUUUGCUCUGUUUCCUACAGGUAAAACACCUCACACGUGAUUGGAGAACCACUGCAUACGCUCUAAGGUUUUCUGAUUUACUUGAAUUAAAUGAAGAUGGCAGGAAAAUACGUAGAAAAACUCCUGUUCCUGUAUUUCCUAGUGAGAAUCUUCCCAGUAAGAUGCUCCUAGUCUAUGACCUCCACUUUAUUCCAGAGCUUCAGUGUUUAAAUAAAGAACAGGAGAAUGGUGGGAUGCAGGAAAAGAUAAUGGAGCAGCUCCUCAAGAGUUUCGGAACUUUUGGUGUAAUUUCCUCUAUACGUAUUUUGAAACCAGGGAGGGAUCUUCCAUCAGAUGUCAAGAGGUUCAGCAGUAGAUACAGUCAAGUUGGGACCAAGGAAUGUGCAAUAGUGGAGUUCGAAGAGGUAGAAGCUGCUAUCAAAGCACACGAGACAUUGAAUGCAGAAAGUGAAGCAGACGAUGGUAUUAAAGUUGUUCUGAUUGGUAUGAAGCCUCCAAAGAAAAAGAUACAGAAAGACAGGAGUAAAGAAGAAGAUUCAAAGAAUCUUCGCAAAAACAGAUCUUUGAAUAAAAGGGUGGAAGAACUUCAAUAUAUCUGUGAUGAGUCCACAUCCGAACCAGAGAGUAAUCCAAACUCUCCAAUGACUGGCCGAAAAACUCCAUCCAGUAACAAGCUCAGCCCAUCUGCUUACCCAAAUAACCACUUGAGCCCCAAUGCCUCACCCAGAAACAGCCCUUGGAGUAGCCCCAGUGGGCAGCGGAAGGCCUCAAAGCAUUCCCCACUUGCGGAAAGCAUGAGUCCCGAAUUCUCUCGUAGGAGCACAGAGUAUUCCUCUGAUAGCAGCAUUACUCCAUCAAGUAGUCCUUGGGUUCAGAGAAGGAGACAAGCUCAGACUGUAACUCAAGAAAAAAGUCCAGCUUGUAGUCCUAUGCUAGGCAGGAAAAUACAGAAUGCCGAUGGCUUGCCACCUGGUGUUCUGAGGCUUCCAAGAGGCCCUGAUGGUACAAAGGGAUUUCACAGUGGAAGCGAAAGAAAUAAACCAGUCGAGAAUCUCUGAAUGCCACACAACCUUAAGGAAAUGGUUGCACCAGCAUUCUACCAGCCUCUUCUGUACUGAAGUGACUUGUGAUGCAACACAUUGCUUCAAGCCAACCCAGUAGUGUUGGGUUGCACAUUAUUUUUAGCUGGAAAGGAAAGCAUUUUCAGAUGGACUGAUCUAAAGUCUGUAUUUAUUUUAUUUCUCUUUAAUUUUUUUUUUUUUAAAUGUCUGUUUUUUGGUUUUUUUUAAAUCCGUUUACUUUCUAAGCCUACUGUGUACAUUUGCAGCCGUAAAAACUGCUUUCUAUUUUAUUUUUAGUUUUGCUUCAAACCAUUUUUUUCAAUUUUUUUAUUUUUUUUUGUUUCCCUUCACUGAUUCAUGUAAAGCAAUUGCUGUUGACAUAAAGGCACAUCUAAGCUCUGAUUCCAGGAAAGUAAUGUAUUUUUAUUUCACUAUGUCUAAUGUCAGGACUAUACAGGCUUGUCCACUAGCUGAGUUGGAUGCUGUUAGACCUCAUGCAAUGCAAGUCAUAAACUUCCAAAGACACAACUGUAUAUAAAUGUAUAUUUGCUGUGAUGUGAAAUUAAAAGGAAAUACCCUAAGCAUUGAAAAGGAAACUGGGCCUCACACUUAUUUGCUACCCCAUACUGUGUUUUUAUUUCCAGUUAUCCUGUAACAAUUCAAUCAGGGAAAAUUAGUUAAGAGGGACACUAUAUAGUCACCAAAACAAUGUUACCUUAAUGAAGCAGUUCUUGUCACUUUAAGCGAACCAAAGACCGAAUCGGAGAUAAUCUGAGAGUCACUGGGGUUCUGCUUCAUCAAGGUGGUUUUGCUCGUAACAGUUUCAGUCCUAGUACAUUAAUGGAACACUCGAGUCUCCAUAAUCGCUUCACCUUAUUGGCACAAUUCCAUGUGGAGGGACUUGCAAGGUAUUCAAAAAGCCUUACUACCGAUAAGUAAGACUAACUCUAUUUUUGGUUAUUGGGUGCCCAUGGCUGCUCACAGUACCAAUCCGUAAAACAGG